AUGUACACGUUGCCAAGCACAUCUACCAACUCCCGACAGCCGCCGGAGAUGCCGCCCAGCAUUUCUGUGACCGGGUUGGGGAAGCCGUCUAGUUUCAGGUCGACGACUGUGGCAGUGAGUUCAGCAAGCUUAGUGGACUGUCCGGAGAUCACUGUGGUUGUUAAGCUUGUUAAUAUUGUCGCCGGAGUCAUUGCCAUAAAAGGCCUCCAUGAAGCCUUUCAGGCCGAUGUGCUUGUCGUUGUCAAUCAUCCCCGGCAACUCUUCCAGCUCCCCCGUCACCUUGUCGGCGAACUGCUGGAGCGCGAACUUGAGGGCCUCGACGUACUGCCUGCGCGCGUGGGUGGUGAGUUUGUUGCACGCAUCUUCCGCUGCCUUUUUGGUAUGGCUUUUGAGUUCGCUGAUGUAAUGAGUUUCGGCAGCAGUGACGUAUUUUAUAAACUCAUCGGCGUUUUUAAUGGGAUCAGACUCCAGACUUUUGUGAAGUUCAUUAAGUUUCCGUCGAAGAUCUUGCAAUGUAUUUGCUUUAACGUCACCGGUUCUCGAAGCGUUACCGAUCUUCUCAUUUUGCAACUCAGCAAGUUUCAGCCUCACAUCAUUGGUGGUUCUAGAAACUGCAUCGGCAAGCGUUUCGAGAUGUUGUUUGAUUUUUUGAGCAGCGUCGUCCAGCUUCUGCGGGAUUGCGUUGGCGGCUACUUCGGCGACUCUGUCCUUUACGUCUGUGAUCGCCUGGUCCAGGUUGGCGGCGUGGUUGGUUUGGGUGGGAUCUUGAAGUGCAUUUUGGAGGUUGCCAGAGAGAUAUGUAAUUGGUUCCUCCAAGCGCUGCAAAUUCGCAUCAAUUUGUACGCGAGGAUUGUCAAACUGCGUGCGAAAAUGUUUUACUUUCCCUAUAGCGUCAUCCAAGUGCUUGCCGAGGUUUGGCGAUUGGGACGCGCCGGUUAA